UCCGCCAUAGACAGGCAAAGAAGAGAAAAAAAGGAAAACUGCAAAAACAAUAACAAUAACAAUUAAAUGAAACUCGAAAACACAAUGCUCUGGCUGUAAUGGCAAGUAGCUCCAGCUCCGAUGAAAGCUCCAAAGCCCCAGAGAAUUUUCAAAUAUCCAGUGCCUCGACCAAUGACGACGAUGACAUCUGUGAUGGCGCAGGAUACACAAAGAAGAAGCCAAAUGGAGGCAACAGCGUAAAGGAAACCAUAGCAGCUGCUGCUGCGACUGCAGUUGGUCUGCGAUGUCCUCUUUGUCUCGGUUGCACUGCGACACGCUUCCACUGUCGAAAUUGCGUCAGAAAUGGAAACAUUACUCAUAGCGCCGCCACCGAAAGGGCCGAGAGCCUGUCGGAAAAGCAGCAGCGAUAUAUCAGUCUGCAGGCGGGUCUGAAGACCUACAGCAAUCGCUAUGAGGGCCUCAUACAGCAACACAAGUCGAACGAGAAUCGCUUGAUGGCCAUCAAAGCCAAGCGCAAACAGCUGGAACUGCUGCAGCAGCUGAUUGGUAGCACCACACAGCGUCUGCUGGUGCUGGGCGAGCAGCGUGAUGAACUGCGUCUCGCCAAUGACGAGAAGCGCAAGAACCUGCCCAAGUAUCCCAUAAAAGUGAAGAUGCUGGAGGACUAUGUGCUCGAUCGCAUCGAGAAGAUCGAGAAGCUGCGCGACACGCAUCUCGGUCUGAUGGACAACAUCAAGCAGACGGCUCGUCGGGGCAUCCAGCAGCUGGUCACCUACAUCUUUCCCAUCACAGAGGUGGUGCUGAAGGAUGAGCAGCAGCGCAAGAUGAGCAACGAGCGCAGCGAGGAGGCAGAGACAAUUGCUGCACUGGCCGAUGCCAAGAACACCUCGUAUAUACGUGGCAAAUGGGUGUUCCAUGGCAGCGGCAUCAGCGAGGUGCAGUACCGCAUUGUGGGACCCUCGCUGCCUGCCAACGGAGAUUAUACUGCUUACCUGGACUGGCUGUCGGACAACAAGGACGAUGUGCCAAAGGCCACGGCCAAUGAGAUUACACCCAGUCGCUACGAGGCGUAUCGCAUUGUGGGCGCCCUCACGUACACGGCGCAGCUGACGCAGCUGCUGAGCUUCUAUCUGAAUGUGCGGCUGCCACAUAAGAUUGCCUACGGGGACUUUUGCCGCAAGCUGCUCAACGAGGAGCAGUUCCUGCGCAAGGUGUCGCGUGUCAACUCCAAUAUCAUGUAUCUGGCCUACACGCAGCAGGUGAAGCUGCGCGCGCUCAACGAACAGCACACGCUCGAAAACAUUUUGGCCAUACUCGAUCUGGAGCGCAGCGACUUGGGCCGCUUUGGCCAUUUGGAUGUGACAAAUGCGCCGCUCAUGAAAUCGGUGGACUCUCUAUUAAUUGGCAUUGAAACGGCCACAGAAUCGGAAUCUGAAGAUGAGAACUCCUUGCGCUUGGACUGGGAAUCGGUGCCGAGUCUGACGCCACAGCCAGAGCUUGCGGAUCCCAAUCUGAUGCCGGCUGUCGCCCAACAAUCGACCAUUGCCAUGGUGCGUAUGGCAGCCACCUCUAUGCUGCGCUGGAUCAAGUGAGCGCAAGAUGUUGCUGCUGGCCUUCCCCAUCACACUCCCCCAGCAAUUAUCGAGCAAAGCACGUGUGUUAUCUUUUACAAAUUAGGCUAAGUUAUCGGAGGAGGAGGAGGAGCAGUGGGCGGGUACUAUCAGAGAGUAGAAUGUAUGGAUGGAUGU